CCAUCUCCUCAUCUCCCAAAACCUCAGUUUUUUUUUGAGCCAGAGGCAGGCCAAACACGAGGUCUUUCUUUACAUUGCUGCCCCGCAUCAGACCCUUGAUUCCAAUCGACCUCUCCCUCGCCUCAAGAUGGUUCAGUCUUCGGUUUUGGGCUUCCCGCGUAUGGGUGUCCUUCGGGACCUCAAGAAGGCCAAUGAGGCCUACUGGGCCGACAAGAUCUCCCAGCAGGACCUCCUCGCUGAGGGCAAGAGGCUCCGUCUCGCCCAUUGGAAGAUCCAGAAGGAUGCCGGUGUCGACAUCAUCCCGUCCAACGACUUUGCCUUCUACGACCAUGUCCUCGACCACAUCCAGCUCUUCAACGCCGUUCCCGAGCGCUACACAAAGCAGAAGCUCUCUCCUCUCGAUGAGUACUUUGCCAUGGGCCGCGGCCACCAAAAGGGCGAUGUGGACGUCCCUGCUCUUGAGAUGGUCAAGUGGUUUGACUCCAACUACCACUAUGUCAAGCCCACUCUCCAGGACAACCAGACUUUCUCCCUUGCUCAGGACCCGAAGCCCGUUCGGGAGUUCCUCGAGGCCAAGGAGGCUGGUUUCCAGACCCGCCCCGUUCUCGUCGGCCCAGUCUCUUUCCUUGCUCUCGGCAAGCCCGACCGUGGCUCCUCUGUCGACCCCAUCACUCUCCUUGACAAGCUUGUGCCCGUCUAUGUCGAGCUCCUGAAGGCCCUGAAGGCUGCUGGUGCCGAGACCGUCCAGAUUGACGAGCCUGUGCUCGUUUUCGAUCUCCGCCCCGAGAUCAAGAACGCCUUCAAGCCCGCGUACGAGGCUUUUGCCGCCCAGGGCAGCGCCAUCCCUUCCAUCGUUGUCGCCACGUACUUCGGUGACAUCGUCCACAACUUUGACGUCCUCCCGGCUUUUGCCAACGUCCAGGGUGUCCACGUCGACCUUGCCCGCCACCCCGAGCAGCUCGAGCCCGUCAUCAAGCAGCUCGGCCCCAACCAGAUCCUCUCUGCUGGUGUCGUUGACGGCAGAAACAUCUGGAAGAACAACUUCCAAAAGUCUCUCGGCCUCCUCCAGACUGCGAUCAAGGCGCUUGGCCCUGAGCGCGUCAUUGUCGCCACCUCCAGCUCCCUCCUUCACACUCCCCACACUCUCGCCAGCGAGAAGAAGCUUCCCGCUGAUGUCUACGAGUGGUUCUCGUUCGCUAGCGAGAAGGUCAAGGAGGUUGCCAUCCUCGCCAAGGCUGCGAUUGACCCCGAGUCUGUCCGCGCUGAGCUCGAUGCCAACGCCGCCGCCAUGAAGGCGCGUGCCGAGUCUACUCGCACCAAUGACCCCAAGGUCAAGGAGCGCCAGGAGCAGGUCACCGACGCGAUGCACCACCGCAAGUCUGGUUUCGAGACCCGUUAUGCUCAGCAGAAGACCCACCUCAGCCUCCCCCUCUUCCCUACCACCACCAUUGGUUCAUUCCCCCAGACCAGCGAGAUCCGUGUCCAGCGGAACAAGUUCACCAAGGGUGAGAUCACCGAGGAGCAGUACGAUGAGUUCAUCAAGAAGGAGAUCGACCUUGCCGUCCAGAUUCAGGACGAGCUUGGCCUCGAUGUCUACGUCCACGGCGAGCCUGAGCGUAACGACAUGGUUCAGUACUUCGGCGAGCGCCUUCAGGGCUACGUCUUCACUACACACGCUUGGGUUCAGUCCUACGGCUCCCGCUGCGUCCGCCCCCCCAUCAUCGUCGGCGACAUAUCCCGCCCUGCUCCCAUGACCGUCAAGGAGUCCAAGUACGCUGCCUCGGUCUCCAAGAAGCCUAUGAAGGGCAUGCUUACUGGUCCUGUCACCUGCCUGCGGUGGUCUUUCCCUCGUGACGACGUCCACCAGUCCAUCCAAUGCCAGCAGCUCGCUUUAGCCCUCCGUGACGAGGUCGUUGACCUCGAGAAGAACGGCAUCUUCGUCAUCCAGGUCGAUGAGCCGGCCCUUCGUGAGGGUCUUCCUCUCCGCAAGGGCUCGGAGCGUGAGGCCUACCUCAAGUGGGCGGUCAACAGCUUCAAGCUGGCCACCGCUGGCGUUGAGGACUCCACUCAGAUCCACUCCCACUUCUGCUACUCGGAGUUCCAGGACUUCUUCCAUGCCAUUGCCGCCCUGGAUGCCGAUGUUCUCUCUAUCGAGAACUCCAAGUCGGACGCCAAGCUCCUCAAGGUCUUCAUUGACGAGUCGUACCCGCGCCACAUUGGCCCUGGUGUCUACGAUAUCCACAGCCCUCGUGUUCCCCCUGAGGAGGAGUUCAAGCAGCGCAUUCAGGAGAUGCUCGAGUACCUCCGCCCUGAGCAGCUCUGGAUCAACCCGGACUGCGGUUUGAAGACCCGCAAGUGGGAUGAGGUCAAGGGCGCCCUCACCCACAUGGUCAACGCUGCCAAGUACUUCCGUGAGAAAUACUCCAAGGCCUAACCGCCUUUCGGCAGAACACCAGACGCCAUACAUUGAUGGUGCCAUGUGAUUUCCCGGAUUUUUUUCAACAGCAUUAUGUUUGGGGGUCUCUAGCGGGUCAUAAAAUGGUUAACGAUAGAUGAUACCCCAAGUCGCCAUAUUCAACUCGGCGUUAAUAGGCAAAGGUCCGGGUCUGUUUCAACAGCAUUUGCAGCGGGGUGGUGGUCGCCAUAUUCAACUCGGCGUUUUUGCGGUCAAAGGGGAUGAAAAAGGGUUCGGGGUCUUGGGUUGAUGCAGGGCAAUGGGUCUCGGAAUGAAUUCACUAGGGCUAUGGAUGUCACCUUCAACAAAGUUGUGAUGUUCUUGGCCAGCAACGGUCUGGCAUGGGUACCAAGCAGGCGAGCUUGUUGAAUGUUUCAUACUG